AUGGCCAAUGAUCAGAAGAAUGGUGAGUCUUUACCAGCAAAGGAAGAGCAUAAGAAGGAUGAUGCGGUGGUUCCAGCGAAAGAAGAUGAUCAUAAGAAUGCAUAUGCGGCAUCGCAGCCACAUCCAAUCGAAAACAUUGUCUUAGUUGGGCGUACGGGGAAUGGAAAAAGCGCCACCGGGAACAGUAUCGUCGGAGCAAAGGUUUUCAAAUCGAAAACAAAAGCAUCAGGUGUUACAAAGAAAUGCCACGCAGUUAGAGCAGUGACACCAGAGGGUCCUAUACUCAAUGUGAUUGACACUCCUGGUCUAUUUGAUUUGUCGCUGUCCGCUGAUUUUAUCGGUAAAGAAAUCGUUAGGUGCCUAACUCUAGCGGACGGAGGACUACAUGCUGUGCUAUUGGUUUUAUCUGCAAGGACUCGAAUGAGUCAAGAGGAAGAGAUGGUACUUAGUACCUUGCAGGUCCUUUUCGGCAGUAAGAUUGUUGAUUACCUCAUCGUUGUUUUCACGGGGGGAGAUGUAUUAGAAGAUGAUGGUAUGACACUGCAGGAAUAUUUGGGUGAUAAUUUGCCUGACUUCUUAAAGGUUGUGCUCAUAUUGUGUGGCCAACGAAUGAUCCUGUUCGAUAACAAAACCAAGGACAAGGAGAAGAAGGCCUAGCAAGUCCAUGAACUUCUCAAACUUAUCGACCAGGUCAGAGAGCAAAACCACAAUAUUCCGUAUACCGACGAGAUGUACCAUAAGAUAAAGGGAGAAAAUGAUAGGCACAAGAAAGAACAAGAGGAGCUUGAAUCAAAAGCGCAUUCAGAAGAACAACUCGAAGCAUUGAGAAAGGAGCUACAACUAACGAAUGAACGAAACCUCAAGACAAUGGCAGAGUUGCUGGAGAAAAAUAUGAAAAUAGCUAUGGAAGCGCAACAGAAGCUCUUUGAGCAAAGAGAAAAAGCUCAGGAGCUGAGCUUCCGUCAAAAAUAUGAAAUGCAGGAGAAGUUAAACCAGAUGGAAGGACGUAUGCGUGAAUAAAUGGAAGCGCAAAUGCGUAGCAGUCAGGGGUGCAACAUUCUCUGA